GGUGAACCAUCUCUCCCAAAGAGAUUCUCACCAGAGCUUGGCGAACUCCUAUGUGACAUCUUCCAACAAGACCCGACCAUUAGGCCUUCAACUGGUGAAAUCAUGGCGAAACCCUUCAUUAUCAGUUUCCUCACAAAAAAGGUUUGCUAUGCAAUAUCAAUCAAUCAAUUGUUCAAUAUGUCUGUUUAUCCAUCCAACCAUCCACGUUUCCAUUCAUUCAUUCAUCUAAAUGUAUUCAUGCAUUUCUACAGAGUCAAAAAACUGUGGAGGAACUCCAGACAACCUUAGACAAGCUGAGAACUCUGGCAGACGGCUUGGAGCGUUUACGCAAAUGCAGCACCAUAGGCAGUCUGACGGGAGGUGUUAUUGGGGCAGCUGGAGUAGAAUUGUAGAAUUACCUCUACAGUGGGGCUCAUCCUGGCUCCCUUCACUCUGGGCGCCUCCCUGAUCGUCACUGGGGUGGGUAUUGGGGUGGCUGUCGCUGGUGGAGCCACAGCCGGAGUAUCCAACAUCACCAACAUGGUCAAUCAGUCCAACAACCGCCUAGCCAUGAAGAACAUCAUCAAGAAGUUCCAGGAGAAGAUGAACUCUGUGGUGACAUCUUUACAAGACAUCGAUACCAAAGAGAUCCACAACAUCCGACAGGCAAAGGCGAAUGAACAGUCUGGUGAUACCAGUAAGUUAGAAAUGAUGGACACAGACUCCACCACUGAGCUGAACCCUGGGUGUGAAGAACCAAAGGCUGAGGUCAAAUCAGAGAGCUAUACGUUUAUCCAGUAAAUCAAACAGACAGCUGAUCAGUUACAGGAGAACCUGGACGAAGUGAAUAACGUCAUCUCAUUCAUUCCUAAAAUAGAGGACUAUUACUUAGGCAACUGAACAACUCAGUAAUUGUGCGAGAUGCAUAAACAACAGAUCCAAUCAUACUUUUAUAUGCAACUUCUCUGCAAUAGACAGGUACGGGCAGAUCAUUCAAUAUGUCUGUUAAUCCAUCCAACCAUCUACAUUUCCAUUCAUUCAUUCAUCUAAAUGUAUUCAUGCAUUUCUAUAGAGUGAGAAAACUGUGGAGGAACUCCAGACAACCUUGGACAAGCUGAGAACUCUGGCAGAUGGCACAAAGGCACCAGAGACCAUUACGUUUUUCCAGUAAAUCAAAUAGACAGCUAAUCAGCUACAGGAGAGCCUGGACAAAGUGAGUAACGUCAUCUCAUUAAUUCCUAAGAUAGAGGACCGUUACUUAGACAACUGAACUACUCAUUGAUUGUACGAGAUGAAUAAACAACAGAUGCAAUUAUACAUUAAUAUGUAACUUCUCUGAUAAUACUAAAUGGUACAGAUCAAAAUCUAUAUCACAGACACCUGUACUUCUGAAAUGUUACAUUUUAUAUCAUAACCGUCGGGAUUUGAUCUGUAUAUUAUUUUCAUCAGGGUCACAAGUACCUGGACCUAAAGGGGAGAUAGGGGAGCCAGGAGGUAAGCAACAGUCCAUCUGAGAAACAUUAUUGGAAUAUAAAUGUUCAUGUUAUUUCAGUUACCAAGGUUGAAGAAACAAAUGAGUCUAGUGUCAUGUUAUUUCACAUGCAAGACUCCAGUUAGAUCAGCCAUUUACUAUCUUAGAUCCAUCAGCUCAAAGCCAGGUUGAUAUUACUUGUCAUCCAAAUAUUGCUAUAAUAUAUUACAUUUAAAUUAGACUAUGAUAUUUUCCCCACAAAAUGAGUUGGAUAGCCUACCUUUGGAUUCCUAUUAAUCUUUAACCAAAGACAAUUCCCAAAGCUUACAAAGCAAUACUACUCUACCACAUCUAGCAGCUAGUAAGCAGAGCUAGGCAGCUAGCAAACUGUUUUAAUGAAACACAAGAUUUUAAAAAAUAGCAAACUGAUGCAUGUAUGUUAAACUGUUUUCUCAGAUUUGUUGACCUGUUAAUAUAAAUUCUUCAUUUAUUUUUAGCAGUGUGCCAAAAAGGAAAACACUUAUCAUUAUUUCACCCUGUUAUACUGUUCAACUGAUAAUACAUAUGUGUUUCAGGUACAGAGGACAACAAAAAGCAUGAAAAAAUCAACAAAUUGACAACAGUAUACAGCUCUUGUUUCAUCAUUUGAACUUUAUUUCAGCCUAAAGGCAUAUGAGUUCCUGUAAAUCACAUGAUCUGAAUGCUUUGGUUUAGCCCCCACUUCCCUAUAGUCUCUCCCAGCUGACACACCGGUUGAUAGUUGAUCCAUCAUUGCUUAACAUGUAAUGCAAUAUGGGUGUGUUUGUUUGAUCAAACCACGUAAGCAGAGGAGGAGUCCUGCAUAAAAGACUGGAACUCCUAUUCAAAUCGUAGGUAAGGUAAUGCAGCAACACAACCAGAAGACAGAAAAGCAAAGGUAAACCUGUGUAAAUAACAUAUACACCUUACUGGUAUGUUUGUAUUAUUGCAAACCAAUCUGUUUAUACACUGAGUGUACAAAAUAUUAGGAACACCUGUUCUUUCCAUGACAUAGACUGACCAGGUGAAUCCAGGUUAAAGCUAUGUUCCCUUAUUAAUGUCACUUGUUAAAUACACUUCAAUCCGUGUAGAUGAAGGGGAGUAGACAGGUUAAAGAAGGGUUUUCAAGCCUUGAGACAAUUGAGACAUGGAUUGUGUAUGUGUGCCAUUCAGAGAGUGAAUGGGCAAGACAAAAUAUUUAAGUGCCUUUGAACGGGGUAUGGUAGUAGGUGCCAGGAGCACUGGUUUGAGUGUGUCAAGAACUGCAACGCUGCUGGGUUUUUCACGCUCAACAGUAUCCUGUGUGUAUGAAAAAUGGUCCACCACCCAAAGGACAUCCAGCCAACUUGACACAACUGUGGAAAGCAUUGGAGUCAACAUGGGCCAGCAUCCCUGUGGAACACUCUCGACACUUUGUAGAGUCCAUGCCCCGACGAAUUCAGGCUGUUCUGAGGGCAAAAGGGGUGCAACUCAAUAUUAGGAAGGUGUUCCUAAUGAUUUGUGACCUCAAUGUAUAUUAAAAUGUAUUUUAUUGAUUAAAAAAAAAGUGUAUAUUGCUAAUUGACAUGAGUGAAACACAGUUUCCAGUGAAAUCUAAAGAUGGGGAAAACACAGAGUGUCCUCGAGAAGAAAGGAUACACUACCCAGAAGGAGGUAGAGCAUGGUGUCAUAGCUACUGACAAAGAUGGUGACCAGUUUGUCAUUAAAGAGAUCAAACUGAAUGAGGUAAGUAGGAACUAUUUGUUAUUUCUGAAUUGAUUACAUCUUAGUUUUUUUUGUAUGAUCACAGAUGGAUAGGAUACACAAUUGGUUUUCAAUUAUAGUCAACUCUGCAGGUGCAAAAAUAAUGAUUGAUAAUGAUUGAUAAUGACAUGUAUUGAAACACUUAUCUUUCAAUAAGUCACAUACUGUAUCUGACUUGAACUCCGGUGCUAGAGAAAUUGUCUCAGAGGUUGAAACCCUCAGACAGAUUAGUCAUCCCCACAUUGUAAGCUACAAAAACUCAUUUCUAGGUAACUACAUCAUUAACUUUGUUGUUUUAUUUGUAUUUUUAUGUAUUUUCAUUUGUUUCAGACACAGUGUAUUGGGAUUACAAGUUAAUACAGUAUCAGCAACUUCAACAAAUGAGGUACUACAGUAUCAAUAUGUUUCACGAUUAGUAUUCUCAAGUAGUAUUCACACACAAACUACUUAUACAUUUUCACAGAGGAUAACUGCUACUAUAUAGUGACAGACCAUUGUGCGAAGGGAAAUCUCUCACAGAAGAUACAAGAGCAGACGACUAACCCUACAGAAGAGUACUCUGAGAAGGUAGCCAAUGUAAUAACUAGAAAAUUCCACACCACAACUGUUUUAAUGUUAGGCUAAGCAGACAUUCCUUUGAUACCUUCACAGAUUAUGGACUGGUUUGUCAAGAUCUGCAUGGCCCUGAAGCAUUUACAUGACCAGGGCAUUCUUCACCGAAAUCUGAGACCCCAGGUACUGCCAAUAGAAUCUCAUGCAAAGGCUAUUAGUUUAAAGAUAGCCUGGAAAUAAACUUAAAGAAAAAGGAGGGUUGAUGAAAUGUAAGGUUUUAUGUAAAGCCUUGUUAAACAAUCAACUGCAUGUUAUGAUCUGGGGGGGAUUGUUGACUUACAUUUACAUUUACGUCAUUUAGCAGACGCUCUUAUUCAGAGCGACUUACAAAUUGACUUCACAGCAAUACAAAUAGAGAUCAUUGCAAUAACUUAUGAUAUGAUUCAUAUCAGUGCCUAAUUGAAAUAAUGGAAUGUCAUAAACUGUUGCUUAAUGUCUCAACUGUACAAUGGUAUUUUCUUAUCUGUACUAGAGAAUACCUCUUACAGAAUUUGAAUCACUUCAUUUGGGAGCUUAGGAAGUGUCAAUGUAAACUAUGUUACUUUGGUAAUUAUAAAAGGCUCAUGAAGAAUUGACAGAACAUACAUUUAUAGUUACAUCAAUUAAUAGAUUAGAAUUUUUGAUUACAUAAAUUAGUAGUUCAAUAUUUAAAAAAAAAAUUAUUUUCUGCUCUUGUGCCUAUAUUUUUUAUCAGGGCUACCAACAAGGAUGGAACAGUGGGUUAUUUAGGCCCAGAGAUUCUGACUGGUGGAAUGUAUGACACCAAAAGGUAGAAAAAAUGUUUGUAAUUUUGUAAGAAAGUUUGUAAUUUCCCUACAUUUUUAAAGUGAGAUGAGAAUGAAAUCACAAAAGCUAACAAAACAUUUGAGGUUAGAUAAUCCCUCAUUUACUGCAAUUUGAACCCUCUGUCACAAGGCUUACGAUGUGGUAUCAUAGAAUUACAUAAAAUAUGUCAAAGUCAUGUCACAAGCAAUACAGUAUGUUAGAUACGCCAGGCCAAUAGGAUGGCAUAGACAAUUAUGAAAAUGUAAAGUAAGUUGACAAUUGCAUUUGCUGUCAUGGCUGUUACCACACACACACACACACACGCACACACACACAGUUAUCGUAGGAUGUGUUUGACAGAUUUAUGAAGGCUUUAUAACAGGGUUAUAAAUGUGAAAAUAAUUACAUUAUAAGCGUGAGCAUUAUCCAGUGUAAAAUAAUGAUAAUUACAUGAGAAUUAAUGUGUUUAUUUUCCAUCCUUUGCAGUGAUAUUUGGUCCUUGGGAUGUGUGCUAUAUGAAUUGUGUAUGCUUCAGUGCGCAGUAAGUAAUCCUGCAUUCAAAUGCUCGUCGUAAUUUCAAAUUUUCCAGUUGGUGAAGUUGUUUACAACACAUGUGCUGUCAAAUAGUUUCAUAAAGUAGGAAUAAUUAUUCAACCAAUGAGAUAAUUGAAUCUACCCAGCUGGCUUAAGAUAGCUAACAUUGACAAAGUUAAACAUGUAUUUUAUAAAAAUUAUUAAGAUUGUAAGAUUGCUCUGUUUUAUCACUUUUCAGCUGAAAAGUUAAAAGAUCAGAUACCAAAACUUGUAAACUCGGGUUGCCAAAUUAUGACUUGAAGGGUCGAUCAACAUCCAAUAAUUCCAACACCACUUAAAAGCAUUCUAUUUUGCCUGUCCACUACCUAGCUAAAGAUGGAUAUUGUGUGAUCAUAGACAGUUGUUUCUUCGCAGUUCACUGCAGAGAGCACAAUCAAGCUCAUCCCCCAAAUAUUGGGAGGUCCUUACCCAUCUCUCCCAGAGAGCUUCUCAUCUGAGCUAUGCGAUCUCCUGUAUGACAUCUUCCAACAAGACCCAAGCAUUAGGCCUUCAGCUGGUGAAAUCAUGGCGAAACCCUUCAUUAUCAGUUUCCUCGCAAAAAAGGUUUGCUAUGCAAUAUCAAUCAAUCAAUCAUUCAAUAUGUCUGUUAAUCCAUCCAACCAUCUACGUUUCCAUUCAUUCAUUUAUCUAAAUGUAUUCAUGCAUUUCUAUAGAGUGAGAAAACUGUGGAGGAACUCCAGACAACCUUGGACAAGAUGAGAACUCUGGCAGACGGCUUGGAAAGUAUGCACAAAGGCACCACCAUAGGUAGUCUGACGGGAGGUGUUAUUGGGGCAGCUGGAGGAAUCACCUCCUUGGUGGGGCUCAUCCUGGCUCCCUUCACUCUGGGCGCCUCCCUGAUCGUCACUGGGGUGGGUGUUGGGGUGGCUGUCGCUGGUGGAGCCACAGCAGGAGUAUCCAACAUUACCAACAUGGUCAAUCAGUCCACCAACCACCUAGCCAUGAAGAACAUCAUCAAGGAGUUCCAGGAGAAGAUUAACUCUGUGGUGACAUCUCUACAAGACAUCGCUGAGGGUUUGGAGACAAGUAGCUCUCCUAAGAUAGAAAACGGCUGUGUCAAUGCAGAGGCCGUUGCUAUUGCUGGGGCGAGGGCUGGGAAAGGCCUAGCAGGCCCCAUUGAACUCUUCAGACUACUCAGGGUGGCCAAAAUUGGAAAGAUGGCAGCCCAAACUGCCAGGGCAGUGCGUGUGGCAGAGGUGGUGACAGGAAUAUUUUCAGCUUUUUUUUGUAGCGGUUGACAUCUUCUUCAUCGCCAUGGAUGCCAAAGAGAUUCACAACAUCUGACAGGCGAAGGUGAAUGAACAGUCUGGUGUGACACAGACUCCACCACUGAGCUGAAGCCUGGAUGUGAAUAAUCAAAGGCUGAGGUCAAGUCAGAGACCAUUAAGUUCAUCCAGACGAUCAGACAGACAGCUGAACAGCUACAGGAGAGCCUGGACGAACUGAGUGACGUCAUCUCAUUCAUUCCUAAAAUAGAGGACUGUUGCUUAGACAAC